GAGAGAGAGACGUAUAAAGACAAAGGAACACGGCGUCGUUUCCAGAAAUAUCUGCGUUCACAAGGAUUCACUGGAAACGACCCAAAACGCUGUAGUACAUAUGCCAGGCCUGUAUGUGGCGCUGUGACGCCGCCACACCAAUACACUAAACCCGGAAGCGAAGCCAUGGAGCAUGCGUAAAAGUUCACGCGCUGUUUUACAAACAAGCUCAUAACCCGAGAAGAGGGCGAGCAUGGCUAGCGCGGCUCCGAGAGUAAGAGUCGAGGCUUUUAUGUGGACCGACAGUGAAGUGGAACUUCUACUGCGUGUCACAUUGGACUAUAAAACAACUAAACUGCAGGAAAAUGUCGACUGGGAGUCUUGCCACUCCAAGUACUCCGACAUUAUGGAGGCGUUUCAGGCGCAGUAUCCGCAGAGCCCAGUGGAGCAGGAUUUCCCCCAUGAUGCCAAGAGCGUCACAAAGCCCCAGGUUAGCUCCAAGUUAAAAAGUAUCCGGACAAAAUACAGGCGGGCGGUGGAGACAGGGCGCCGCAGGGGCCUCGGCCGUGUGCUUCUGCUCUACUCUAAGCUGUGUGAGGAGAUCUGGGGUGGGUCGCGUGCUGCAAGCGCCAUCGACGCCGGUAUCGAGACUGCUGACAUGGAAGAAGAGCCGUCGACACGAACUUCUCCGGCAAAGGAGCUGCCUGGCGAUUCAAUCCAGUCAUCCAGCGCACCCGGAAGUCUGCCUUCUGCGGCUAUAAAGCAGCGCAGGGAUUCGCUGCAGGCAAGGCUAAACAACCACAGAGGGGGCAGGCUGAAACGAAGACUAACAGGUGACCAAGCAGCCCUAGAGGACCUUCAGAUCAAGCGGAAGAUGUUGGAGCUGAUGGAGCAGUCCUCUAAAAGAAACGCAGAUGUCAUGCAGAAAAUUAACACAAACAUUGCAAACAUUACAAACUCCAUACAGGAGAACUUCUCACUGGUGAGAGAAGGGAUGCUCCAGCCUGCCUACCCCCACAGCAGCAGUGGAUUUGGACAACACCAACACACACUUAUGCGCAUGGCACCACACCCCGCUACAGCGGCCGUUCGAGAGGUGGGGGACAGAGAGACUCACAGUAUAAAGACCGAGAGAGAGGUGGGGGACAGAGAGACUCGCAGUAUAAAGACCGAGAGAGAGGUGGGGGACAGAGAGACUCGCAAUUUAUUUCCCUUUAUCCUGAUAAUCAAUUGUGUCAUAGACACAGCUGAGAGUCAAACACACGACUCGGACAGACAGACAGCUCAAGGACUGAAGAAAACCAACUGA